AUGGAACAGCAAGCGCCUUCUCAAGAGCCUGACGAAGCGAUGCAAGCGCCGAGUCCACAGACCCAGCUCCGCGAGUGGUUCCGCGGGAUCCCGCUGUGCACGAAAUCCCUCCUCGUCGUCAACGUAUCCAUCUUCGUCGUCGCCGCGAUCCUCGGGUGGGACAACUACCGCGCCGUCUGCAUGGCCCCGUACGCCCUCGUCUCCUCUUUUCAGAUAUACAGGGUGGUGACGUCGAUGUUCGUCCACCUGGGCCUGCUCCACAUCGCGUUCAACAUGCUCGCGUUCGUCCCGAUCGGCUCCGUCCUCGAACGCUCCCUCGGCACCCUGCGCCUCGCGCACACCAUCCUCGCCCUCGCCAUCGUAUCCGCCGUCCUUCACGUCGCGACUGCGGCGGCGCUGCUGCCGUUCACGCCCACGGACGACCAGUUCUACGCGUGCUCCGUCGGGUUCUCCGGCAUCAUCUUCGGCCUCAUCGUCGUCGAGACCGCCGUCAGUGGCGCCGAGCGCCGCUCCCUGUUCGGUUUCUUCACCGUGCCCGCAAAAGUGUACCCGUACGCGCUCGUCGCGUUCCUGCAGCUCAUCAUGCCGUCCGUGUCGCUGCUCGGGCACCUCUCCGGCGCCCUCGCGGGCCAGGCGUACGCCGCCGCGCUGGCGUACAACAGCGGCGCCGUGACGCAGGCGCACCUGCUGGCGCGCGUGGAGGCCGCGCCCGCGUUCGGACGGGUCGUGGCGCUGCCGUCGUACAUCCACGGCCGGCAGGAUGGGCUGCCGGUGGCGCACGCGCCCGCCGGGCACCGCCUGGGGGGGAGUGAGAGGUCCGGCGGGGGGGGCCUAAUGGCGUCGCUGACCGAGGCGGUUCGCGGGGCCAUCGGGCGCGCUUGGGGGCCGCGCGACGCCGACGGGGGAGGCGACGGAGACGGUCGCGCCGUCGGACCGGCGACCGUGCGCGGCGGCUACGCGUACGACGCGGUGUCAAUCACCGACACUGCCCCGGCGCGCCCACCUCCGUCGCAAGGCGGCGCGCCGGGCUCCGAGGCACGUCCGGCGCGGCCGCAGAGCGACGCCGACAGGCGGCGGCAGCUCGCGAUGGCGGCGGCUGCGCGGCGCGCGGCGGGCGGGGGCGGGAACGCGGCAGACGGCGGCGGUGCGGGCGCGGAGCUGACGGCCGGUCAGCAGGAGGUGCUGGCCGGGAUGAUCGAGAUGGGGUACGGGCGGGACCGGGCGCGGCGGGCGCUGGAGGCGAGCGGGUGGGACGUGGGGCAGGCGGUGGACGCGCUGUCGUCAGGAAACAUACAUUGA